UCCGACUGCAAACGUCUCUAUUCUCCCCCAUUCUUACCGAAUGGCUGAGCCUCUUUCCGCUAUCCUGUUCCAAGCGAACCCCGUACUCCUCGGGGCUUCUCUACUGGGCACGUUCCUGGCCGUUCUAGUUGUUUGCAAUGUCGCAAGUCAGUACGCAAAGUUUUUCACCACCGUAGGGAUCCCUCCGGGCCCGACGCCAUGGCCGCUUGUGAGCAGUCUGGGGGGACUCCUGGUGUCGCCGCAGCAUUUUGACGAGUGGUCUCUGAAAAUGGGAAGGCUUUACGGCGGCGUCUUCAGCAUUUGGAAUGGAGGCGAGCUUGUCAUCUGUGCCACCUCCCAGGAAGCGAUCAAGGAGGUGCUCUUCACAAAGGACAAGGACUUCGCGUCUCGCCCGCCCGUGUCUGAUCGGGUGGCCUACACGGUUGGUUCAAAGAGCAUCGAGAUGGCACCGUAUGGAGACUACUGGCGACAGGUACGAAAGCUGUCGGUCGUCCACCUAUUCUCCCACAAGGCGGUGGCUGGAAACACGGUCGUCCGACAAGAGGAGACGGAGGCUUUAAUCUGCAACUUGAAGCGAGAGUGCGCCGAGAAAGGCGGCUUCGUCGAGCCACGGAAUCACGUUGCCCGAGCCAUGCUCAACACCAUGAUGCGACCGCUUUUUGGCGUCCGCUUUGGAGCGCCCGGGGAGUGCGGAUUCACACCGACCGGCGAGGCCUUGUACGAGUGCCUCCAGGAGAGCUUCCACCAACUGGGGGGCUUCGACUGGGGCGCUUUUCUCCCCCGGGUGCUCGAGCCGCUGUUCAACCGGGACGUCAGAAAAACCGCCGCGAUGAGGGACCGAGAACUCCAAGCGAUCAUCGACGCGCGGCGCGCAGCGAAGAAGUUGGCUGGACCGGCGUUCGUCCCUACGACAGUGGUAGACGUCCUUCUUUCUGCUUCCAACAACAAGGAGCAAGAAGUCGCCCAAGAACCUCUGCCGUUUCUGCUUGACUUGCUCAACGGAGCGGUCGACACAAGCGGCGUCUCCAUCGAGUGGAUCCUGGCGGAAAUCACCAGGCGGCCGGCGAUCCGGCGCAGACUGCACGCGGAGAUUGACGAAGUGGUCGGUAGAGACCGACCGGUUUGCGAGGAGGACUUAAAAAACAUGCCGUAUCUGCGAGCGGUGGUCAAAGAACACUUCCGGUUCCAAGGCGUGGGACCUUUUCUGGUACCGCACAUGAACGAGCACGAGUCCGACGAUCCUGGGCUACAGGGUACCAGCAAAGACCACGGUGCUGCUUCACACCCGGGGCACCUCGCUAACCUAAGAAACCAGAUUAACCUAAUCGAAACCCCUAAAUCAAUCAAGAUUGACGUGCACUGCACCUAUCCGUCUCAAUUUUACCGUACUGACGUCGAAUUUCCCCACUGGCAGGUGUUGCUUCACACCCGGGGCAUCUCGCGUGACCCGGCGGUCUUCCCCCGGGCGGACGAAUUUCUACCGGAGCGGUUCUUGGAAGACGACGUCGACAUCACUGGAAAGGACAUCCGGGUACUGCCGUUCGGCGCCGGUCGAAGAGGCUGUCCCGGCGCCAACCAAGGCCUGCUCAUCAUCCAACUUGCGAUCGGACGCAUACUGCAAACUUUCGAUGUCGAGCUUAUCGACGGCCAGGACAUCAGCCUGGAGGAAGAGAGUUCGGGCUGGGCGUUGGCGCUCAAGACACCGCUGAGGGUCAAGUGCACACUACGAGUAUGAAAACGCACAUUCAUCGACGGCAACAAGAUACUUACGUGGGAAUCAAGGUGUGGGAAUGAGUUUCCAAUAUUUGCAGUCAAGCUAUGGAGAAACGUGUAGGACCUACCAAAGCUAACAUAACAACUAGCCGGACAGUGAGGAUUUUUGGAUUGACCUUCUGCAGCCAUAUAUGCUUUUGGCGCUAAGCGCAA